AUGAGAACCGAGCUGGUUCCUUCCCCAGAAACCUUCACUCUGGUCGUCUCUGCCUGCACAAAGAACAGGGAGGUGCUCCUGGGGGAGGCGAUCCAUGGCUAUGCCCUGAAACUUGCCCCCAUUGAUGACAUCCUACAAGCUUGCCUCCUCGAUCUUUACAUCAAGUGCGGAGAAUCUGCAGCUGCUGUGCGUUUAUUUGAAGAGGCCAGAGAGAAGAACUUCGACCUCUAG